AAGUGUGGGUCUGAAGAACAUGAAGAUGUGUUUUCUUUUCUGGUUGAGACAAUGGAGGCAGUUGUAAAAUCAUGGCACGAAACUUCAAAAGUGGAGGCUAGAGUUUACUUUCUCCUUGAUAACGAAAAAACAGAUACUGAAAAAUAUGCUCCAGUUGUGAAUAUUGAUAAGGCCUUUGAAUCACCCGAUACGCACAGAAAUUGUUUUCCUUUUCUUAGGCAGUAUGCUGAGGAUUCUUUCUCCAGAGCAUCUUGCUUGGUGACCCCCAAGAGUAUCAUGUCUUACCCACAGGUUUGGAAAGGUCAAGGAUCAAGGAAAUGGAAACAUGGGCAACAGGAUGGUUUCUUUGUUCAGUUUGAGACACCUUUCUUGCAAAAGUUGUGGUUUAUUCCUAGUUCCAAUGAAUUUGUUUGCAUAUGGUGUAUUUUGAUUAAGUUAAUAUUGCAUUUGGUGGUGUAUUUUGAGGGGUGUACAAUUGGAGAAAGCUUCCUUUUAUUAUUAAUUAUUAUUUUUUUUUUUUGGGUUUUUUACAAGUUUUAAGGACACGUUUUGAACGUCCUCUAUGACUCUUUUAAGUGUCCUGUUUUAGUUUUAAGGACACAUAUGAGUGUAUUUUUUGUGUCCUCUUAUGGU